AUGAAUUCAAGACCCCAGGACUCAGAGCAUGUGAAACCGAGCGCCUUCCAAUACCUCCGCAGAGCCGGGGACCGCAUCUUUGCCUCCAACGACGAAACGAAUCCCACCAGCAGCAAGCCGAUGGAUCAAAUUCCCGAGUUUCUCAGCCCGGGUGUGCGGUUGAAGCUUGGAGGGGAUGCUGACAGGUACAUGUUUGCUCCCAACGCAACCAACGGGCCAUCCGCUAGAAACUUCUCCAUUCUCAAUGUGUCGCUGCCCUCCACUCCUAGUCGGUUUGUGAUGGCAGGCGCUUCCAACGCUUCAGGUGAGGUGGAUGAAGACUCCAAGUCCAAGCUCCGACGGGUUCAACAAGUCGCAGCAGCAAUAGAGCAAGGGCUCAAAGAGCAGAGAGAUCAACUGCAGCACCAGCUUGACCUCUCCGCACAGAGGGAAGCACUAUUGCAAGCGAGGAUCUCCCAGCUACAAGAGCGAAUGGUGCUAGAAGAGUCUGUGUGGAUAGAAUUGAAGAGCAACCCUCGCACAAGCCCCGAGGCUCUUGCUCUAAAGUUGAGGAGAGCACGAGAAGCUCUGCGGUGGGCUGAACGAGCAGAAGCUGAUGAACGACAGCAGAGAAUGGCAGCAGAGGCGUUGGUGUCCCAGCUGAAAGCCGAAAGAGACUCUGCGAAUUUGCAGCUCAUGCAGAUGAGGGAUCACUUGGAUAGUCUUCAGAAAGAGCGAGUGAACAACGUGUCCAUCAUUGAUUCAUCUUCGAUCUUACAUCCUCAUUCCUUCAAUUCUCAGCUCGCUGAAAGAGCCGAUCAGCUCCGAGAGCAGGGGAGCCCAGAAGAAAGAUUGAGCCAGGAGGGGAGAAAGAGACGCCAAGACGGGAGGAAGAGACUGGAGUCUGCUUUGAAGAACUUUCAGACAAGACAAGCUCAUCGGCAACUCAACUUGUCAGACUCAUGGAGAAACGACGAGAACUCGAAUGCGUCCGACCCUCAAGAGCCGCGGCAAGGACAGAGAGAUAGCUUCUCUCCGGUCUCCCCCAUCCCUGAUCCAAAGCGAUCGCUUCACAGGUCCUACCAGGAUGCAGGAGAGCAGGAGAGCAUAAUGAGCAGACCGGGGCUGCACAAACGCGGGUACUCGUGGGAUGUGGGCACUGGAGACCGACUUCUGUCAAGGCUGGACGAACCAGGGAGAGACAAGCAAGGGCAUGCUGCUAGCCUUACGACUCGAGCACUACAAGACCCUCAGGCUAAUCCCAGCGCAUCGACAAACUCGCGAGAAAGACAAGAGGAGGACUGCUUUGCAGGGCAUGUGUCUUCAUCUGGAAGCUCGGAUGGAAGCAAAUCUUCGUCCUCAGAACUGAAGGUUGGCGCGCCUGUGAAUAAGCUUUCAAUCUCUCCUUCUACUGAGCAAGAGCGUUGGAAACCCAAGGGGAUGUCGGCGAAUGGUUCGGCAAGAUUCUCUCUGCUGGGUCAUGCCGGUCAUAGCGGUUGUGCAGAGAAUGGGAGCUGGUGGAAGGGUGUUGGAGGGGAGGAAGAUGUCUCGGAGUGUGAAGAGCACGUCACAGCAGCAGGAACGAUCACCUACACAAACAACGAGGAUGCUCCGACAAACGAGGACGACACGGCUCCUUCCGUCAGCAACUCCUCAUCCAGCAAUGACAGCAGCCAAGACUGUCUGCCGGACCCUCCGCAGCCAGCAGAGCAGAUUAACGAUUUGGGAGGGCUGGCACGCGAGAGAAGUAAAGGCGAAGUUCAGGGUGAGGACAACUAUGGGAAGACAAUGAUGCGAUCCUCCACGCCCCCCUCGUCUUAUGGGCAACUUCUCUGCUCCCUUCCAGAAGCCAAACCUGUGCUUGACUUUCCUAUUUCUCUUGACUCGACUUCUUCUCCUCCCUCGUCGGCUCGAGCUCUAUGGAGGAUGGGCUCCAAUCGCGGGCUUGUCAAUCCAGUCUGGAGCACAGAAUCUGAGCAGCAAGAGGAAGAGAAGCAGGUGGGCUCGGGGGAUCCAGCUCCUCCCUCUAGCACAGACUCGCUCAUCCAGGGGCUUCCGACGAACGCAUGGCAGCGAGGCUUGCCGCAGGGAGUGAAGUUGCAGCCAGCCAGGGAUGGCGACGAUGUGGCUCCCUCUCCCUUCCCCUCUACAGGCUCCUCUGUGGGAAACUUUCCUCAUCACUUGAGCGCAAGAGACGGAGGAGAUCUCUUGCCUAGCGUUAGCUCGCUGGCAAGUUCCACUGGAGGCGGAAGCGAUGGACGGGAGGCGUUGCUGAGGUACCCGAUGCCUCCUCCUAUCAUCCAGCCCCAGGGACACAUGCUAGAAAUAUCUCCCUUCCCAUCCUCCGCGAGCUUGUCGGGACAAUUUGGAAGGAUGGCAUCUGCCAGUUUGCUUCUUGGUGAGCAACAAGCUCUGAAGCCGCAACCUGCAGCCAACAUGGAGAUCUCUCCUUUCCCCAGCGCCUCCUCUCUCCUUGUUCCUCAGCUUCAUCGCCCUCCCGGUGAUGUCAUCACGGGGUCUCCCGUCCUCCGACAGGCAGCAGCAGCUCUAGACGCGUCGAAGAGAAGCGAGCACGAGACAAGAGAAGCAAGCUCGCCGCACUCGCCACUGAUCCUAGGUGACAUCGAGAGGAACUUGACAAAAACUCACGUCUCCUCAGGAGCACAGCAGACGCACGAGCAGGUCAUGGAAGAGGUGUCCUUGUUCUUUCUGUAUCCAGCUGACGAGCGCCAACAGGCUGAAGCCGUUCCCAGCUGUCCUCCCCAUGCUGAGAGCGAAGCUGCUGGCGACUCGAACGGUCGCAUGGCAUCCUUACCUGCAGGAUCAGCAGCUGGAGGAGAGCAGAGCUCGCAGUCGCUUAUCGGCACCAUGAUCGCGCUGCUCGCAGCAGACGAGCCGUUGCGGGAUCGGGAGCUUCAGACGAUCUUGACGGCCGUGGAGGAGCUCAUCAUGCGUUAUGCUUCUUCUGCUGGCAGCGGAGAGGUGGAGGGGCGUGAGGUUCUUUCCCCUACGAGCGUGGAGGCGCUUGUGCGUGUGCUGUGCGGAGAGGGAGCAGGGUCGCGCUCGAAUUUUGCGAGGCAGGUGGUGAGAAACUUGGCGUUCAUAGCAGCGGACGUUGCAGGGCGGGAAGCGAUCGUGCAGCAGCUGCAGUCCCAGCAUGCUGCUCUGCAUAUCAUCUCCAAGAUGUUGAGCGAGGAAAGCAACCCGUCGGACGAGGGCAGCAGCAUCCACUUCCACCUUCUGAUGCUCAUUGGGAACCUGCUGAUCAACUCGACGGGGAGGAAGCUCAUCCUGGCCCAGGGAGGAAUGGUUCAGCAGCUCUUGAGAUUCUUGUGGUUCGAUGAGAUCAAGUACGUCAAGACCCUUCGCUUCACAACAGGGGCGCUGCGCAGCUUGGCAGCGGACGCGUGGGGCAGGGAGCUGAUCAGCAACGGAGGAUACAUCUACAGCGCGUCGCAGCUCAGCGAUCGGCUGCAAGAGCUUCGCUUCUCCAGCGACGUGAACACUGUGCGCUACGUAAACGCGCUGGUCAAGAGACUGGAAGGGAAAAGCUGA